AGGAACAUAAAUAGGCAGUAAGAAGAGCACAACUGAUCGCAGACCACAGGAUGGGUAUCUGUUUUCUUCUGCUAAUUGUAGGAUUUUGCUGGGCACAGUACAACCCUAAUACUCUCACUCGGAGGACGUCUAUUGUACAUCUCUUUGAAUGGCGCUGGGCUGAUAUUGCUCUUGAGUGUGAACGCUAUUUAGCUCCUAAUGGAUUUGGAGGAGUUCAGAUUUCACCUCCAAAUGAAAAUGUUAUCAUUACUGACCCCUGGCAACCAUGGUGGGAAAGAUACCAGCCCAUCAGCUACAAGCUGUGCACACGAUCUGGGAACGAAACUGAAUUUAGAGAUAUGGUGACCAGGUGCAACAAUGUUGGAGUACAUAUUUAUGUGGAUGCAGUAAUCAACCAUAUGUGCGGAGCUAAUGCUGGUGCUGGCGACCAUGCUACUUGUGGAAGCUAUUUCAAUGCAAAGACCGAAGAUUUUCCAGCUGUGCCAUAUUCUGGCUGGGACUUUAAUGAUGGUAAAUGUAAAUCUAGAAGUGGAGACAUUGAGAAUUACCAUGAUAUAUCUCAGGUCCGAGACUGCCGCUUGGUUAGCCUUCUUGAUCUGGCCCUGGAGAAAGACUAUGUACGCUCAAAAGUUGCUGAAUACAUGAACUACCUCAUUGAUAUUGGUGUAGCAGGCUUCCGAAUUGAUGCUGCCAAGCAUAUGUGGCCUGGGGAUGUGAAGGCGAUUUUAGACAAGCUGAAAAAUCUAAAUACUAAAUGGUUUUCUGCAGGAAUGAAACCUUUCAUUUACCAGGAGGUAAUUGACUUGGGCGGAGAGCCGAUCAAAGGCAGU